AGAAUCCCCUCUCCUCCUUGCAGGUACUCCCGCUCCAAUUCCCCCAUUCUGAUUCAUAGAGUCUCCUACCACCCCCCGUUCCCCUCUCUUUGACCCCCAGGGUCCCGUGUCCUCCUUUCUUCCCCCACCUCCUCACCCCUUUUUCUGACCGCUAGAGUCCCCUGUACCCCUCCGUGUGCUCCUCCCUGACCCCUGGAGUCUGUUCCCCCAUUUUGACCUGCAGCCCCACCCAGCCGUACUCCUUUGCUGCCCAAUAGAAGCCCCCCACGACCCCUGGCCAUCUCCUCCCACCCCUCCCUCCAGCCCCAGAUGGACUUUCUGCCUUGUAGAGGCUCUGUUCACCCCUUUCCCUUGCACAACCCACUGAGUCCCCCUCCAACUCUUUUUCAACCCCAUAGGCACCCCACUCCCCUCUUCUCCUCCCAAAUAUUAAGCUCUACCCCUGGCUCCUCUUCCACCCCAUAGAAGCCCUGCAUAACCCCCCGAUUUCCCCUGCCAUCCCCUCUCCAUUCCUAGACCUCCUUUCCUCCCAGUAGAAACCCUACUCCCCUUUUUUUUCCCCUCACAAUCCUCUGUCCACUCCUAGAACAGCCCCUUCUGCACAAAAGCCCCCUUCCAACCCCUGAAGUUGCCCUCCACAACAUUGCCCUCCACAAUGUACCCCUGCAACCCCAGGCCCCCUUCGCACUCACAGAAGCCUCUUUCUCCUGUUUUCCCCCUCCAAACCCCUCUCUCCACCCCCAGGCCCCCUUUCCACAUCACUGGGCUUCUAGCCCACCACAAUCCCCCGCUUUUCCUCUUCCACCCUUUCUCCACCUCCAGACCCUCUUUCCGCCUCACAGAAGCUCCACUCACACCUUUCCCCCCGUAGAUUCCCCACAACCCCCCUAUCCAGCCCUGCAGUCAUGCAGAAGAAUCUGGAGAUGCCCUCGAGGGGUUUGGGGCAUGCGGGGGGUUCCCAGGUGGGUCCAGGGGGUUCUUGGAUUCAUCCAGAAGGGUCUGGAGAUGUCCAAGUGGGGUCUUGAGGGUGUGCAGGGGGUCUCCAGGAUGCUCCCGGGGAUCCCUUGAAGGAUCCGGAAGCUCCGAGGAUGGGCCCAGGAGCUCCGAGGAGCCUCUGGGAUGACCUGGAGAUGUCCCACCAGUAGAGUCUGGUAGGGUCCAGAGAGUCCUCAUGUGGGGCUGAGUAGUACUGGAGUCAUGCAGAAGGGCCUGGGGAUGUCCCUGAGGGGUGUCGGGGUGACCAGAGGGUCCCUAGUGGUUCCUGGUGUGCUCCAGAGCUCUCAAGUGAGGAUUUUGAGGACAGCCUCACGUAGUGACCCGCUCUUGGGCUGCUUUGUCCCCGUGAGAUCGCCCCCAAAAGUGUCUGUUUCCAUUCAACUCAAUCCUAUGUCAGUUUUGUUGUGUGUUUUCCCCACUUCCUUGCAGAAAUGGAUGGUUUUCGCCAAACCACCGUGCAGGGCCCCACGGAAACAACUCCCCCCAGGGCCACCGGGUGACAGCGGCACAACCGCCGGCGGUGCCAGCACUGGGACAAGCGCCUGUCCCCGAAGUUCUCACUGUCAGUGUCACCGUGGAACCUGGGGCCGGAGCAACGAACCUCAAGAGCCCCGUCAGCGUCCUGCAGCUCCUGGAGCCGGGUGCCACUGUGGCCCUGGCUGCCCAUGACUGUCCCACGCUGUGCCCCCUGCCAUGGUGGGGGGGAGCCCUCUGGUGCCCAUCGUCGUCUGUCACGAGGACGGGACACGCACGGUGCUGAACUCUGUGCCGCCACCAGAGGAGACCGCGUGUGACAUCGGCGUGGCACAGCCGUGCCGCGCUGCCAUCAUCUUCGUGUGUGGCUUUGGGCAGCCGGCGUCGGGUGUCACCGCCAUGAGGGGGGGGCAGAAGGACCCCCUGGGGACAUUGCGCCGGAACUGUGGGCACCGUGACCAGCUGGAGGACAUGCUGGGCAAGUGGGGACACCGCAUCACGGUGUCACAGCCCCAGAGUUGGGGACAUCCCGUGUCACGUCUCAGGGCUGUGGUCUCGCCCACAGCGUCACACCAUGAAGUUGGGAUGCCUGUGUCCCCCGUGUGGUGUCACACUCCGAAGUUGGGGACACCUUCACGUCUCCCUGGUAGCGUUGCAUCCCAGAGUUGUGGACCCCCGCCAUUCUCACACCAUGAAGUUUGGGACACCCAUCUGGGACCCCAUCUGUGUCCACCCCCACAGACCACACUGUUCCCAUGGGGCGGGGGUGACACCCCUUACUUUGGAAAUGCAGGUUUAUUUUUUGCUAACAGAGGAUUGGGGAACACCGCCCCACACCCCAUGUCAGUAAUGAAGGGCAGAGGAGCGGCUGUGGGGCUCCACGCAUCUCAUCGGGGUUAAACUUUGGGGACAGAGGUCACUGCAGCAUCGUGGCUCCAUAGCCCCUCUGGCCCCAUAACCACUGCAGCCCCAUCUCGUAGCCAUCCCAUAUCCUUAUCCCGCACCUUUAUGCCAUCCCAUAUCCAUCCCAUCUGCCCCAUAGCCCUCUCAAACCCAUCUGGUAUCCCUGCCUCCACACCCCGUCCCCAUCCCCCACCCCACACCCAUCCCAAAUCCUUGUCCCUACAGAUCCUCCUUGCAAACGGGGCUCCCCAGUGGCUGCGGGUCUGGCUGAUGGCAAAGUGCUGGGGCAGGUGGUGAUGCACCUUUCUCCAUCGCUGAGCUCACGUGGCAGUGAGUAGGGCCACUGCCUCGCUUACUGCCCUGUCUGUUCAGCUUCUCUUCUGGCUACAGACGCUGCCAGGAUGUCAUGGUUCUAUGCUGGUGUCACGUUGUCACAGGCAGUCAAAUAAGCCUGUCCCAAAGGCGUUGGUGUCUUUGUUCUCCCUGUUGAGCCCAUCGAUUGGCACAGCAGCACCACAGAAUCACAGAAUCGUAGGGGUUGGAAGGGAGCUCCAGAGUUCAUCGAGUCCAACCCCCUGCCAAAGCAGUUCCCUACAGCAGAUCGCACAGGUCGGCAUCCAGGCGAGACUUGAACAUCUCCAGAGCAGGAGACUCCACCACCUCCCUGGGCAGCCUGUUCCAGUGCUCUGUCACCUCACCUAAACAAGUUCUUGCGCACAUUCGUGCGGAACUUCCUAUGCUGCAGCUUAUGUCUGUUUCCCCUUGUCCUGUCUCCACGUACCACUGGAAAGAGAGUGGCCUCACCACUAUGGCCCCCACACUUCAGAUAUUUAUAAACCUGGAUCAGCUCCCCUCUCAGCCUUCUUUUCUCCAGGCUGAACAGACCCAGUUCACUCAGCCUUUCUCCAUAGCAGAGAUGCUCCAGGCCCCUCGCCAUCUUUGUGGCCCUCUGCUGUUCUCUUUCCAAGAGAUCCCUGUCUGUUUUGUGCUGGGGAGCCCAGAACUGGACACAGAGCUCCAGAUGAGGCCUCAGCAGGGCAGAGCAGAGGGGGAGGAUCGCCUCCCUCGACCUGCAGGCCACUCUCUUUGCAAUGCACCCCAGGACGCCAUUGGCCUUUUUGGCCACAAGGGCACACUGCUGGCUCACGGCCGACCUGUCGUGGUAAACAGUGAUAGACAAGGGGGAAUGGUUUUGACCUGAAGGACGGAAGAUUGGUUAGGCGGUCUGCAGGAGACCCCCACCAGGAUGGCAACAGUGUUGCCCCCCCCCCCCCCCCCGAUCCUUACACACAGGGACUCAACCUGAUCAUUCCCAGCACCAAGCUCAACAACACUGAAACACUCUCUAAUUUUGAGAGCCAUGCCACAACCCCUCCUUCCUUGCCUAUCCCCUCCAAAGAGCUUAUAGCCCUCCCUCGUAGCAAAACACGCGUGGGAGUGAUGGCAUAAGUCAUAGUUUGCCUGCUGCACAAUGGCUUCCAGCUCCUCCUGCUUCUAGCACUUGCUGUGUGCGUUGCUGCAGAUGCACUUCAGCCGAGACAUUGCUGACACCCACAGCUCCUGCGUUCUUCCUCUUCAUACCCAAUUUCAAGCUCUCAAGCUAGCAUAACGUACUCUCAGCGCCAGUGAUGACAUGCCCACAGUAGUGUGUUCAGUUCUGGGCUUCCAACUACAAGAGAGACAUGGAGGCCCUGCGGUGUGUCAGGGCAACGGGGCAGGAAGGGGUCUGGAGCAAAGGUGCCAUGAGGAGCGGCGGAGUGAACUGGGGUUGCUCAGUGGAGAGGAGGCUCAGGGGAGGCCUCACCACUCCGUACAACUCUCUGGAAGGAGGCUGUAGAGAGGGGGGGGUCAGCCUCUUCUGCCAGGUAACAGCGAUGGGACGAGGGGGAACGGCCUCCAGUUGCACCGGGGGAUCCCCGUUGGACCUUAGGAAGAACAUCUUUGCUGAAAGAGCGGUCGGGCACUGCUUGGCACAGCUGCCCGGGGAGCUGGGGGAGUCAGCGUCCGCGGAGGCGUCCCAGAACCCUGGGGAUGUGGCACUGAGGGACGUGGGCAGGUGGGGGGUGGGACUUGGUCAUCGUAGAGCUCUUUGCCAACCAUAGGGAUUCUGUGAUCCUGUGGAUCGAGCCAUUUAUUGUAAUGAGAGGUGAUGAGCAGCAAACAGCCAAAAAGUCAUGGAAACACGCAAACACUUGACUGGGAUACUGAUGGAGCCACAGGCCCGGCAGCACUCAGGUGGGGCCGGGAGGGUGGAUGUGUCGCCCAGUGCCGUCAGCAGCACCAACACGCCGGGCUCCAGCGGGGCUGCGUCUGGCACUGGGCCCCUCGCCCUGCGCUGGCUGCAAGAGCCGCCGCCCUCCUGCCUGGGUGCCCUCAGCCCCUGUGAGGUGUGAUGGCAUCACAGAGGGUGGCACGGAACGGCCGUUGUGACACGCGGGGUGCGGAACAGAGCUGAGGCUGCGGGGCUCAGGCCGAGCUCAGUGCGACCUGGUGAGGUGAGCAGGGAGGAAGGGGCUGCCUGAGGCUGCCGAACGAGGAGGCUUCCCCAGCGCUCAGGGGCCUGAGCUGAGAACUCAGCCUUGUCCCGCUUCUCCCAUAGGUUGGCACGCGGAGGACGAAGCCCAGUACUGCUGGGACAGAGAUUCUGUGAGCGCUUGUCAUCAACACACACAGUGUCCAUGGAGACACAGGAGGCCGCUGGCUCGAGGGAGCCAGCAUGCGUGCUGUGUGGCCGAGUGGAUGAGCAUUCGAGCAUCCUUGGGCACAAAGUACAGAUCGGUGGAUUCUAUUUCCAUAGUCUCUGUGCGCUAUUUGCCAAUGGUCUUUAUCAACGUGUGGAAGGCAGUAUAAAGACAGGUUUUCGCACAGAAGAUCUGGUACGCACCAUGAAGCAGGCAGAGCAGACGCUCUGCUUCGUUUGUGGCAAUCUGGGGGCCAGCAUCACCUGCGCAGAUCCGGGCUGUGACCGCAGCUUCCAUCUCCCCUGCGCCUCGGAGGGUGAAUGCGUCACCAAGCACACUGCAGAGUUCAGGGCCUUCUGCUGGGAGCACCGCCCACACCAGGCAGUGGAGGCAGCACCUGUGCAGGACACGACCUGCAUCGUCUGCAUGGAGCCCGUGGGUGACAGCAGGUCAUACAGCACCAUGGUGUGCCCAGCCUGCCGACAUGCCUGGUUCCACCGGGCCUGCAUCCAGGAACAGGCUCUGCGCGCAGGCAUUUUUUGCUUCCAGUGCCCCCUCUGCAGAGACCGGGUCAAGUUUAUUAAAGACAUGGUCUUUAUGGGGAUCCGAAUCCCAUUCAGAAGACCAACAUGGGAGGACGACAACACCUACGCAUCUCUACUGGAGAGGCACAGGAGAUGCGAUGCCAGCGACUGCCGUUACGCACGCGGCAGGGAGCGGGCAGAGGGAGAGGGGCCCUGGCAGCUGCUCCUCUGCAGCUCCUGUGCUGCGCAAGGCACUCAUCGGCGCUGCUCCAACUUGAGUCAGAGCACAGCCAGCUGGGAGUGCAACGCCUGUGCUGGAGAGGGCAUCGCCUCCAGCAGCAACUCGGAUCUUGCUGAAUACAGCACCAUCAGCCAGCAGGAAAUGGAGCCAUCCCAAGGCUCUGCGACACCAGAGAGGAGCAGCUCCAGCACCACCAGCCAGGCGCCAUCGGGGCCAGCUGACUGUUCCCACGUGCCUGAGAGCGGCGGCCUGUCCAGGCAGCGCAGGACAGACCGGAGGAGAAUCCGCCCACGUCUACACCGGGAUGAAAAUGGCUUUAAUGAGCCCCAAGAACACCGUGGGAGUAGCCACACUGCUGCCCCAAUUGCCGAGAGCAGCACCCUAAACUCUGCCAGCCAGGGGACAUCAGAGUCCUCAAGGAACUCCCCUGCAGUUGGCUACAACCUCCGGAGCAGACAGGGGCGGCGAGCUCAGACAAGAAGCCGCUCUCCGUUGCAGUGCCGGGCCCCAGAUUCUCCAAGCCAGCCCCGAAGACGCCAAACACGUGGGAGCAGGCAGGCACCAACCCGAAGUGCUGAGAGCGGCACCAACAGACGCACAAGACGGGGAGCACCGCAGCCCUCAAGAGCUUCCACAGCAGCUGAUGGAAGCCGGUCCACACAGCCAGGGCGGGCCCGGACUCGAAGCCGCUCCCCUCUUGAACAUCGGGCUGCAGAGACCCGCAGCCAGCCCCGAAGAUGCCGCAGGAGCCGCUCCAGGCGGCGAGGGCCAGCCCAGGGGUGAAGCCGCUCCCGGGUACCACGUCAGGCCCCGAACAUCAACAGCCUGCCCCAAUGAUGUCGUGGGAGCAGCCAUGUGCAAGCUCCAAUUGUAUCCAAAGUCAUCACAGUCCAUCACAAUAAAACUGAGAGUUCCAUCACGCCACUGUCAGUUUUGUUCUUCUCUGCCUUUCCCGGGGUGGGCAGCUGUACAGGCUGGCCCUUCCCCCCAGCACCCAACCCACUCCCUCCUCCCUGCGGCCCGGCUCAGGCUGAGCUGGGUUCUGGCCCCGACUCUGGCGGGGCGCAACGUUUCCAACACGCAACGGAGGCCAGGCUGGCAGCUGCGGCCCCGUCCUGGGGGCGUUUCCGUCGUCUUGGGCACGCCGCUGUGUUUGCGACAUGCAGGCAGCCCUGGGGCUGCUGCGGGCUGCGGCGUGGGCCAGGACCCGGCCUUUCCUCCUGCAUUCGGCCAGUGCCACAGUGCCACAGCUCUGAGGGCUGCUGCUGCUGCUCUGGGGAUGCUGCCAGGCAGGGGGUGACGCAGCCCAUCGAGCGCGUGAGCCACUCUCCUCUGCCCCAAAGUCCGGCGUCACGCCUCCUGUGAGAGCAGUACCAGUGCUGCCACUGCUCCUAAGCGGGACGGCCACCCUUUCCUUACUCGCUCCAACUGCCCAGAGAAGCAGCCCGCCGCUCUCUCCCUGCAUCCAGUGUGUUCUCCUAACAGCCCCAGCGCAGCGCGUGACGUUUUGCUGCCGUGCCACAGCCGUCUUGCAGCCCCGAGCGCGGUCGCAGCCCCCUUCGCUCUCGCGACACGGCGCGUUAGCGGCCUCGUCUCAUUCCAGCUUUGCAAGCCCUCCUUCCCACGCCCGCUCCGGGCCCGUCGGCCGCACUCCGCCGCGCACCCAGCGCUCUCCGGCCGGUGCCCCCGCGCCAUCUCCCGCCGGCCGGGCCGUCUGGGCGCGUUCCCUCCCCCUCCGGCUCUCGCUGGCCGCCGCGCAUCCGGGGACGCCCC